AUGAACAACAAAUCACCAUUGCCAAAAAAAAGCGAUAAACAAAAGCCAUUAGUGCCACCGAUAACAAUAAUCAACCAAAACUCCAUACUAUCGAAAGCUGGGCCACCUUCAGUUACCCCCACUGCCAACGUUGAAGAUAAUAUUUUCGACUGGUCUACACCCUGGUCAACAAAGACAGACAAGAGAAAAAAUAAACAAAAUUCUCCAACGGGUACCUCUCCGAAACUUAAACACUCAAACUCUACGUAUACUUCUAAAAACAGAUUCUCUCCACUUGCUCAUGAUAAUAUCGACGACGACGAUGAGAUGGAAACCGAUACCACAACAAAUUUAUCGCAGACAAAACUCCCAUUACCACCACCUAUAUUUAUUAAAACCGAUAUAGUGCAGUUUAAUCUCUUCUGCGAAUCCAUUAAAUAG